GGAGCUCAGAGUUUGCAAACACGAAGCGGUGGAUUCAAGUCUCCAGCUGGACUCACUCCUGCGGCUCUGCGACACGUUUACGCCGGUUGCAGGUGUGAUGGGCGGAGAGCUGGAUGGCUGACACAGACCCAGUCACAUGAUGCAGGCUCGUAACCGCUUCCUCCUCCUUGUGGUGGGAGGUGCGGCUGCGCUGGCCAUCCUCAGCCUCAGCAUACAGUUCUUUAACCUGAUGCCCAGUGCGACGGGGCUGGAAGGGCGGCAGUACCAGGCUGCAGAGGGAGGAUUGGUCCAGGGGAAGAGCAGGAAGAGGGUGUUCCCGGCUCCAGUCCCUCACACGGACGAACCAGAGCCAGUGUCCGAGGCCUACGGAUACUGCAACACUCCCAACCGCUCUGAGCAGGCAUGGGAAGGUCACAGUCUGGCAGAUUACAAGCUGCUGUCUGUUCAGGUGAUGAUUCGCCAUGGCGACCGUUACCCACUCUACUCCAUCCCCAAAACCAAACGGCCCGCCAUCGAUUGCACUCUGUCUCCAAACAGACGCCCUUCCCACCCGCUGCUGUCCGGGUUCAUCUCUCACAUGGCCAGAGGGGGGCGUGGUCACUGGGACUCUCCUCUGAGCUCUGUACCUCGGCUGCCCAACCACAGCUCCUGCGACAUCGGAGAGCUCACACAGACCGGUGUUGUACAGCAUCUCCGAAAUGGCCAGCUCCUCCAUGAGGCCUACAAGCACCACGGUCUCCUGCCUCCUGAUUGGUCUCCUCGGCAGGUGUGGGUGGAGACUACAGGUAAGAGCCGCACCCUGCAGAGUGGCUUGGCGUUCCUCUACGGCCUCCUCCCGGAUUUCGACUGGACCAAACUCACCGUCCGACACCAGUGGAGUACCUUGUUUUGUAGCGGGGCCUGCGACUGUCCCGCCAGGAAUAAAUAUUUAGACGAAGAGCAGAGGAGACAAUAUCGGCUGCGAGUUGCUAACACUGAACUGGAGAGGACUUACGCAGAAAUGGCGAGAACUUUAGGCUUACCAACUCGACAGCUCCGUGCUGCCAACCCCAUAGACUCAUUACUGUGCCAUCUGUGCCAUGGUAUUCCUUUUCCAUGUGUGCCACCAAGCGAAGGAGGCAUGGGGGGCUGCCUGACAAUGGCACAAUUCGCUGUUAUCCGAAAGCAGCAACUUCUAGAUGAAAUAGAUCGAAGAAAAGUGGGUUUGUACCGGAAGUAUGCCGUUUUAGCCAUGUACCCGUACUUGAAUCGGACUGCGACCAAAAUGGAACGCAUUGCAAAAGCGAAUGAGAUGGGAAGACAAAUGCGACCAGGCGGAGAAGAGGUUUUUUCUCUGUCGUCCGCGCAUGAUGUUACCAUGGCUCCCCUGCUCAGCGCUUUGGGAUUGGAGCAGGCUAGAUUUCCAAGAUUCGCAGCCCGAGUGGUUUUCGAACUGUGGAAGAGUCCGGCGGUGGCGCUUCUGAAAAAGAAGGGAGCGAAAGGAGGAGAGAAGGUGAAAGACGGCGAGGUUUUUGUCCGCGUCCUUUACAACGGAGAGGAUGUGACAUUUCACACCGCAUUUUGUAAAUCGCAGAGUCGUCGCAGUAACCAGCCUCUCUGUCCACUGAGUAAUUUCUUGUCAUUCGUGCGCAGAGACAUGUUCAGUGUGGUGAAUGCCACGUCUUACCAGGAGGCCUGCUACAGACGCCCCACCUGACCAAGAGAACGGCUCAGGGCUGGGUAUACAUGAGUUUAAAUGUUGAAAAGUUGGGACAGCUGCCAUAGCGAUUAACAAUUUAAAACAAAAUGUUAUAUCUUUUGAAUGGGGGAAAAAGUCCAUGAACAGAUGACAUUACAACAUUCUAUUGAAAUGGGGAAGAGGAAAUGCCAAAUUUUUUAAGGUGUAACAUUUCUGGUCUCGGAAGGUCUGCCACUUUCUGAUCACCACGGAGACGUCUUGUUCCACUGUACAGCAUUAAGUGUAUCAAUCUUGCAACAUGUACAGAAACAUCUUACUAUGAGCUGCUUGUUUCCAUAGAGAUAGAUAUGCUUAAUGCCAUACUUUGGAAGAUUCCAGGUAAAGAAAUGACAUCCUUAUGGAGAUAGGUAGGUGGCAGACCUUGUACCAGAAAUGACUAAAUUACAGAAGUUAGUAAGUGCACCUUUUGAAUUAUAUUUUUUGUGAAUGGAUGAAUAGAAUGGUAAUGUAAAUGGGAAAAAUGACUUGCUAUUAUUGACAUCAUUCCCAGCGCAUUGAUACCGGAAAACUGCCUCCUGUCUUCAAACUUAAAGGUGUAGUAUGUGAGUUUUCGGGUAGAGGGUCUGUCACCUUCUUGUCACUUAAACACGUUUUUGCUUUGCGUCGAAUGUUCCACAAAUAUAGACUUGCCUUUCUUUCAUUUAUUAAACUACAGGUGUUUACUUGCCAAAAAAGUAGUGGAGUUACCUGCUUGUCUCCAUGGAGAUUGCAAAGCUUUCUGCCAUACUGUGGAACAUGCCAGGCAAAAUGGCAACGUCUCCAUGAAGAAGAGAAGGUUUCAGACCCAAAAAACACACAGUGCGCCUUUAAUUGAGACGUCCCCUUUCGGAAUAUUAAAAAUGGAUGGAUAUUUUAAGCUGAAAGAUAUGUUCGUUGAUGGUAUGAUCCUGAUAUGUUCCUGGUAACUGACAACUUUUUCCCAUGAAUACCAUAGUUUUCCAUUUCACAUUCACAUUAAAAUUCUUCAAUAGAAACUUAUUAAAAUAUAAAUGUCGCACCUUAUCAACAUGGACCCAACAUUUCCGUUCUUUAAAGCAGACCUAUUGUGCUUGGAUCUGUUCUAUAGUUAUAAUCUGCGACACCCAUGGAUCAUUAUGCUAUAAUUUGAACAUUUUAAAUCACAAUGUUCAUCUGAAACGACUUGAUAAAAGAAACAAGUCCGCUGGCGUCUGUGUUAGAAAUCUGCAGUGCCCAAUGGGAGCUGACGUUGGCGUAAAUGUCAACACAACAAAGAGCCCUGUAGCUCUUGACUCCUCCUCUGGAUAGCAGCAAAUCACACUAGCGAGCAGCCGAUUUUUAAAGAUUUGUACUAAAACAACUACGCAACGCUGCCGAAUCCUACGUGUACCACUGAUUAAGAAAAUAAAACUGGAGAACCAAGUAAGUACAGAGCAGUGAGCGUCUGACAUUGAGGGUGAAAACGGGGAUUGAGCGAUUUAAAGAUUGCUCAAACAUGCAAAAUGAAAAGCCCAUUUUGCAGAAUAGGUCUGCUUUAAAUAGCAAUACAACAUUACCACUGGGUUAUUAGCAGGCACAGAAUGAAGCCUCAAAUGUAACUUUAUGACCCAAAUCUUUAAAACCCGAGUAUUCUUACAUCUAUUGAGUUGAAUUCCAAGUCUCUACAAUGUGGGCUUUAACACUAGCACAAGUCACAUGUUAAGCACUUUUUACCGUGUUUACAAAUCCAUUCUUGUACUUUGAACCCACUGGUUUUGUCUCUUUCUUUACACAAUAACGACAUUGUAAUCUUUAAUGUUAAUAAUAUAGGAUUUAAGUCUGUAUAUAGUUGUUGAAGGAAAGUUUAAUGGCACUUGACCACUUUAUUCUCAAAUUCCCUUUUUCAUGGAACACUUUUAUAACUGAACAAAGGGAUUUCUUAUGCUUGAAAAACUCCCAGACCAUUCCUGUUCAUAUUUUAUUAAAGUGGGACUAAACACUCAAACUCCACCCAUAACCAUAUUUCAAAUAGAGCUGCUAAACUGGGGACAUCCUGGAGGACUAAAGAGAGUGAGAGGGGAGGAGGGGUCUGGACAUAUGAGGAACAGGUGUAAUCAGGGCAGUUCUGUGUGAUGUCAGCAAGUACUUGAAUUAAUUGUGACCACUGGAGAGAGCACACACUUAGAUUGAGCUGUUUUUGACCUAUCUAGUUUGUACUAAAAUGCAAAAAUUGACUAGGAACGGGAUCAGUAGAUACUGCUGUUAAAAUACUACACAGUUUAGUAGCAAAAACGUGGAUUUAGUGUUUUGUUCCACUUUAACUUUUUCCACAAAAGUACUUUUGAGUCUGAGGUAUAGUUAGAGAUAUAAAUGUUUAUGGUACAAUGAACUGAUAACAAACUACUUUUGUAUGUAACUUCCUAAUUUCAUUCCAAGCAUUUUUACCAGUCUGAGUUUUUGUCGCAUUGAAACGUUUUUGCUUUGCUGAGAAUGUCCCACAGUUAUAGACUUAUCCACCUUUCAUUUAUGAAAUUACAGGUGUUUACUUGCCAAAAAAGUAUUGGAGUCACCUGCUUGUCACCAAGUUUUCGGCCAUACUGUGGAACAUUCCAGGCAAAACGAUAACAUCUCCACGAAGACAACGUUUGUAUUAAUGUCCUAAUUUCAUGCCAGUCCAUUGUGUUGUGUGUGUAUAUGGUCUGAUAUCUGAUAAGCUCUCAUUGAAAAGCACACUACAAUAAAAUAAGUAAUUGUCGUC